GAAAUCGCCAAGUGGGCGCCCAAGGAUGACUUCCUCCUCCCAUCCUCCUCCCCGCUACCUUGAUUCCAAUAUUUGUACUUGGCGAACAUGAGUCCAAGGCUUUGGAAUUGCCGGCCAACUUUUGGAGUCCAUCCACUUGGAACCCUUCCUUGUUGUCACACGCUAUAAUACUCCUCCAUUCUUGUUGCCACCUUCUCCUCCUUUCCAUUGCCAAUACCUUGACUUCAUUGCCUUGUGUUUCUAGUGAGCUCUUUGAAUCUUGGAUCGGAUUUUUUCGGUGGAGAAGAUCGAUGAACACCGGGCGCCACCAGAUCUUCAAGUUGCCGAAGAACUCCAGGAAGGAGCAAGAUGAGGAUUUGCUUCUCUUUCGUGAGAUGUUCAAGCGUGAAAAAGAGAGAACUAUGAGCCUUCUCCAGCCAGUAUCCGAUGAGUUUGAGCCUGGCCAUGGAAAUUAUCCUCUAUACAAAAUCUCAUCCAGCGAAAAGAACGAUUACGAUUGGCUAAAAACACCACCGGCGACUCCCUUGUUUCCAUCCCUUGAAAUGGAAGCCAAUGACCCUGACGUGGUUGUUCACAAGGAACUCCCAGUCCUCCGCUCCUUCAAGCCUUCAAGGUUUUCAGGCCAAUCAGUGGAACCUAAACAUGGGCAAAGACCAAAAUCCCCCAGCUUGAAAUCAUCUUCCUCUUCGCGAUCGGUGACUCCGAGUACAAGACCCAAUUCUUCAUCAGGCAAAAUUACCUUGAAAGGAGCUCCAAUUCCCACUGACAGACCAAACAAAUUCAUGUCUAAUUCUAAUAAGAGAUCAAACCAACUAUUAGUCGCUCCAAGACUCAUUAAAGAGGCCCCUACUAAUUCUACAAUCACUCCAAAGAAAAGUUCAGAGACUAAGCCUCGAGGCAGAGGUGUUUCACCUCUAGUGAGGUCAACAAUUCCUGCAACAAUCCUCGGAUUCUCCAGUGAGACACCUCCAAAUUUAAUAACAACAGCAUCGGUAAUUCCAAGCAGAGCAUCAUCGGCCACCAGAGGGCGGCCGGGGAAUCCUAUAUUGGGGUCAGUAGAGUCAAAGCUAGAGAAUGGAAAGUCCAGAAGACAGUCAUGCUCACCGAGUGUGUCGAGGGGUAGGAAAGUAGAUAUUGGAUCAGACGGUGUGCAGAAUUUGACAGCGAAGAGAAGAACUCAAGCUGUAAAUAAGACUUUUGUUGUUGGAAGCCGGAUGGUGGAGAAGGUGAUGAAUGCAAGGGGAGGAGUAAGUGGAGAUGAAAAGGAUCCAAAUCCAAAGCAUAAGACUUGGAGCAGGGAGGGGGCCGGGUAUGGCAGGAUGAUGCCAAGAGCUUCACUCGACAUGGCACUCAAGCACAUGGUAUGAUGUAAUAUCUUUUACUUUAUAGUUUCAGAUCAAGCUUUCGACAAGUUGAGCUUAUUGCUAAUAUAAACGACA